CGCUCUCUCCUCUCUCUCUUCUUCCACUGGUGCAGUCUGUGUCCCGUCUUCGUUGUUACUGACGAUACUCUCCCUCUCUCUCCUGCAGUACGCCCAGGAGACUCAGCACGAGAAGAUCCUCCGCGGGCUGGCCGUGGGCCUGGCCCUCACCAUGUACGGCCGGCUGGAGGAGGCGGACCCGCUGGUGUCGUCGCUGUGCCAGGACAAGGACCCCAUCCUGCGCCGCUCGGGCAUGUACACCAUCGCCAUGGCCUACUGCGGCACGGGCAACAACCAGGCCAUCCGCCGCCUGCUGCACUUCGCCGUCAGCGACGUCAACGACGACGUGCGACGGGCUGCCGUCAUCGGCCUGGGCUUCCUGCUCUUCAGGUGAGUGUAACUUGCACCCCGG